UUGAGCAUGGAGGCGGCCGUGAGUAUCGGAACGGGCUCGGUCAAAGGUGGGAACAGCAAGUGCGAGGAGGAGGAGAAGAAGGGGAAGGUCCAGGGGAGCUUCCAUGAGACGUAUCGGGAACGCCACGUGGAGGUGGACGGAGGAAACAGCACGACUGACGUGCUCUUCUCCGGCAGUGAUGCCAAGGUCUUCUCGGCCUGGAUUGAGAGUCUCAAAGGGAACCCUGGCCCGGUGUCCUAUUCGCUGCAACCCAUCCACAACUUGCUGGAGCAGGACGACCCCAAGCAGGAGGCGCUGAGGCGGGCAGUCAGUGAGUACAUCCGUGAGAGGGCCCUGAUGUGGAAUUGCACCCGAAGCUGCCCUCUGGGGACUCAACGCAGUGCCCACGACCCCUGCUCCUGCGUCUGCCCCGGGGAUGCCACGACCAACACCAUGUGCUGCUCGCGGGAGCGCGGCCUGGGGAAGCUGAUGGUGACAGUGAAGAAGGCCAGUGGCCUGUGGGGGGAUUACUUUACCGCUACGGAUGCCUUUGUCAAGGUCUUCUUUGAGAGAAGGGAGAUCCGGACCGGCACCAUCUGGAACAACAACAAUCCCGUCUGGAACAUCCACUUGGACAUCGGUACCGUCCACAUCACCAGCACCAGCAAGAUCCGCAUAGAGGUCUGGGACGAGGACAGCAAGUGGGACGAUGACCUCCUCGGAGGCUGCGACAUCCCGCUGGAGGCUGGGGAGCUCCACCAGAAGGAUUGCUACAUGAACCAUGGCCGCAUCUGGUUCCAGUACAGCCUGCGCUGCGGGCCCCACCUUGGUGGUCGGAGCUGCUUCGACUAUGUCUCCCAGCCGUCCCAGCUGGGAACAGCCAAGGGGAAGGAGGCGGAGGCCUUCUGGUGA